ACCAGUGUAGGCGUGUGUGCUCUUCUCACAGCACGCUUCACACUCCUCAGGCUAAUGUGAUGAAGUGAAUCUCCGAUAGCGCUUCAUGGCAAUUUCACACUUUAAUCCGGAUCAAUUACAGAACCCAGAUUUAUUUCUUUAUAAACUAAUCCGGAUUUAAUAUUUUCUCUGUCUGUACUAUGUUUAAGAGGAUGGCUGAAUUUGGUCCGGAUUCUGGAGGCCGUGUAAAGGGCGUGACUAUCGUGAAGCCCAUCGUGUUCGGUAACGUCGCUCGAUAUUUCGGUAAGAAGCGAGAAGAAGACGGACACACGCAUCAGUGGACCGUUUACGUUAAACCUUACAGAAAUGAGGACAUGUCCGCUUACGUCAAGAAGAUCCAGUUCAAGCUACACGAGAGUUACGGAAAUCCUUUACGAGUGGUGACGAAGCCUCCGUAUGAGAUCACAGAAACCGGAUGGGGAGAGUUUGAGAUCAUUAUAAAGAUCUUCUUCAUCGACCCCAACGAGAGGCCGGUCACGCUGUAUCACCUGCUCAAGCUGUUCCAGUCCGACUCCAGCGCCAUGCCCAAGAAGACCGUCGUCUCCGAGUUCUACGAUGAGAUGAUCUUCCAGGAUCCGACGGCGAUGAUGCAGCAGCUGCUGAACACCACGAGACAGCUCACGCUCGGGGCCUACAAACACGAGACGGAGUUUGCAGAGUUGGAGUUGCGUACCCGGGAGAAACUGGAGGCGGCGAAGAAGAAGACGAGUCUGGAGAUCACGGAGCUGAAGGAGAAGCUGAAGGCCUCCAGAGAAAACAUCAACUUCCUGAAGGAGGAGAUACGCAAGCUGGAGGAGGAGGACCAGCUGAAGGAGCACUAAGGAGAACCUCACACACACACACACACACACACACACCUGUGUGAUGCUGUGAGGAUCUCUUCACCUCUGUGGAUUCCAUGAACUUGAUGUUUAAAGGUUGAUUAUUUCUACACUGGACUCGUGAGCUUGUAAUGUUUGUGUAAAAGAGAAAUGGCAGUGAGAACAUCUCGCUCGUUUCUAUUCGAGCAAAACCUGAAGGUCGUUCAUGUCGUGCUGCAGACCUGCGUAUGUUUAAAAAAAUACAGUUUUCUCUUCUUCUUUUAAUCUCUUUCGCUUUCGAUUUUCCCGCUUGAGAGACGCGCCGACGCGGCGUCCUCGCUUUCUCUCACGGCAAAUGGAGAACGUUUUGAGUUCAUUAAUGUGAAAUAAAAUUCGUCAGUGUGUGUUCCGCUUAGCUAACGGUACACGUGUAGCUAACAUCAGUUAAAUAUAUUUAUUACGAAUGCACUCUGAAAAUGGUUAAAACGUUUAAUAAUACUACAGCGAAGUGUCAGGUCUAAGCUUUUCCAUAGAACUUUAAUAGUGAUGAUGAUUAGAAAGUGAUUUAAAACGUUUUGCUGAAAAUGUGGUCCGUUUUUCUGAGGAGCUUUACACAACAGAUUUGUAAAAGAGCGAUUUCUGAAAUGGAUUGUUAUAUUUUACUGUUUAAACCCCGCCUCCUUCAAGAGAACCGCGUGUUAUUCAUCUCGGGGUUCUGCAGGUCUGCGUUUCUUUUUUCCGUUUGUCUUUAAGGUUUGGAUAGAAAAACAUAAACCGGCUCUGUAUCAUUAAAGCAUUUUUUUACAGUAUGUGUGGAUUUAACAUAAAAAUGAUGUUUAAAUAAUUAAAUCUUGUACAGAUUCAUUUCUUGAUAGUUUUUGAUACUGUGUAAGACGUAUAAAGGGGCGUGGCUACGUAUGAAGUCAGUUUAUGAUGUCACUAAAUCAUGAUCUAGAACGCAAUUUAUUAGAGGAAACUUUUCCGUUCAUUCUUCCAUCAGUGUAAUUUUCUAAGUGACCACCAGAGGGCAGUGUGAUACCACUGAAACACACACAGCGGCAAUAAGAGCGAGGUUCUGAAACUUUCUGAGGAACUAAAGUGGAGCAGGUUGUGUUUCCGUUAGCAGAAAUGAAGCCACACGGAGCAAAUUACAGUUUAAUUUGUGAAAAUAAAACACAUUUUCUCGCU